ACUACAAAACUGAAGAAAACGAGUAGAGCAAAUAUAUAUAUACUUACUCGCCGGAAAUGUACACAUAUAUAUAUUUACGUAAGAAAUUGCCUAUAAGCAAGAGAGGAGGGUCGUGAGAGGUCUAGGAAUACUUCCCAAUAAAUUCCAGACCGAUUCGUAGUCACCGGAGCAUCCUAGAGGUCGCCGGAGUUGCAAGCCGUGGAAACGGGUCUUCAGAAAAGACACGAUUUUGACGUAGAUAGGGGUGGCGGAGCUUCUCCUCGACGUGAGGAUCAUUUUGCAACUUGAAUCGUCGAAAUCCGUUACCUAAGGAGAAUUCAAGUGAAGAUCAAGCUAGAGAUUUUAUUAAGGAGAUUAUCGCAAUUUAAGAUGAUUAUGAUUAUGAAGAUUGAUGUACUUGCUGCCCGAGUGUUCCGCUAGUUGCACACGUUUGAUUAAUUAUUGUUGUUUAAAUUUGUAAUCCAUAAACUUGUUUUAAGUUUUAUCUGAUGGCUACUUGAAUUAAUGGUGGAUAGCCUGUGCACUCAAUCAUGUAUAGGUUGAGUGUGGCGGUGACACACCUGUUUUUCCAUUAAAGACUUCCGCUGUACUCUAAAUAUGUUUUAUAAUAAAGAUGUUUUCAUUUCAAAAUACUAUUUUAUUUUGGUGGGAAAAAUGGGGGUGUUACAGAAGGGGGCGGUGAUGACAUGCACGGGAGCGGCUUUGGAGGGGGCUACUACGGAGGAGAAGGCGGGCACUAGGGAUAGUGCCAUGCUUCAAGUGUGGGGGAGGAAGAUCAUCUUUUGGACAAUAUCUCUUGAAGAAGAAGAAGAAGAAGAAGAAGAAAGAGAGAAGAUGAGAAAAAGAAGAAAUAAGAAGCAUAGAAGACCGUUAAACCCAAGGAAAUGUUGUUUUGUAACUUCAUUCACUAUACUUGGUGGUUUUGGUUUCUUAUUUCUUCCUCUCUAUGAACUCAUGAUCUUGUGAUAAACAUUGUAUAAACAUUUGGUUUUACUCGAGGUCGAGUAAAGGAACUAAGUGUGGGGGAGUUGACAUUCAUGUUAUUUCCGUGUUUAUAAUUGUGUUUUUGAUCAGUUUUGAGUGAUUGUUACUCUAGAAAUUACACACUUUUGAUGUAAUAGUUUAGUUUGUAAAAUAUUUGUAAAUGGUUUAGAUUAGGUUGGUUCUGAGCUCAAACAGGUCCAAGAUCACUCUAGGGACCAUUGGUGAACAUCACAAUUGGAAGGAAGGUGCAAAGAUUUCAAGAAAAGAUGAAGAUUCUAAUUUUUGGUAGUGUACCCGGUCGAGUAUGCCCUAUACUCGAUCGGGUAAGUUGCUGAAAAGUCAAAUCGGAUAAAUCCGGGAACAAGGCAACAUGCAGGAGGAUUUUCUAACUCGAUCGCGUAUCCAUACCCGAUCGGGUAGCCGACAUACCCGAUCGGGUAUGACCCCAGAUUUUCAGUUUCGAGGAAACUAACCCUUACCCGAUCGGUUGAGCUAAAAACUCGAUCGGGUACACGACCCUGCAGGCCUAAAAAGCCUAUAAAUACACCCCAUUUCCUCCACAAGAAAGACACCAAUUCCUAUAUACUUCUAAGUUCAGUUUAGACAAGUUAUUUCUUUAUAUUUUCUUCAUGUUUAGUCUCCAAAUGAGGAGCUAAACUCUUCCAUCUUGGUUUUGCUACUUUGAAGCUUAAUGAAUUGUAAGUUGUGAGUUAUUUUCUUUAAUCUUCUUCCUUGAAUAUUAAUUAAUUCUUAUUCCUAUUACAUAUUAAUAUUUUAAGCAAUA